CAUCUUUCGGUGAGAAAAGCGAUGGAGUCCAGUUGUGAUGGUGGCUACGUAGUCUACGACUGUGAUAUAGGAACCGACGAUGCCUGGGGUUUGGCUAUGCUCUUAAGAGCAGAGAAGAAAGGAAACUUUAAAGUGUCAGCUGUAACUUGUGUUCAAGGCAAUACAGAUGUGGAUAAUGCCACAUUAAAUGCAUUCCGGGUGCUGACUACAUUGGAACGUCUAGAUGUGCCUGUUUUUAAGGGCUGCGCAGAGCCCAUUAUUCCUCGAAACUUUAUACCCAAAUCCCAUUUUCAUGGCCUUGAUGGUUUGGGUGAUGUUGGCAACUACCCUUUGGUAAAUGAAUCCGAAUUACUUUCACAGGAACAUGCAGUGAAUGCCAUGUACCGACUAGCCUGUCAUCAUGAAGGAAAAGUCGAUUUUAUUCUCUGUGGACCACUCACAAAUUUCGCAAACUGCAUUAAUCUCUAUGGAGAUAAAUUUUUGGAGAAACUACGCAGUGUCUAUAUUAUGGGAGGCAAUAUUUUGGGCAAAGGCAACAUUACCAAAAGCGCAGAAUUUAAUUUUAUGUACGAUCCUGAAGCGGCUCACAUUGUUCUGGAACGAUUAAAAAAACCAGCGAUGAUAUUGCCCUGGGAACCAUGCAUUGACGGAGAGUUUGGUCUGUCUCUGGAUUGGCGUUUCAAUGUCCUUGGAGCAGUAGAAUCUUCAUUCAUUCGUCUUCUAAAUGCCACUGAAAAACAGAUGCUUAUUCCCCGUGGCUUUGAUAAAUGGAUCACUCCGGAUGCACUCUUGACUGCCGCUUAUCUAUUUCCCAACCAAAUGAUAGCAGAUCAAAGGGAUUACUAUGCAAGCGUGGAAUUAUGUGGAGUACAUACGCGCGGCCAAAUGGUAUUGGAUCACUUGCGGGGUCGCCACAAGGAUGCCCUCCAUGGUAAACCAAUUAAUGCUAGUAUUAUACGUAAAUUAAAUGGAGACCCUUAUCGAACAAUUAUAUCCUGGACGGGGUGUUUGGAAAGUGCGAAUAUUUCCAAACUAUGGGAAAAGGAGCUUCAGUUAAAAAAACAAAAUUUUAAUUAAUGCUACGAAGAUAAGUAAAUGUCUCUUAUCAAUUAUUUUUGUUUGUUGGACAAAUGUUUGCAAAACUUGAGUAUAACAAAAUAAACUUUAUCUAUCUGA